AUGGCGUCUAAUUCUUGUGAAUCAUGCAGGACACCUCAAAUAACCAUUGAUGAUUGUUACCACCAAGUAAUUACAAAAUUGACCACUCAAGGCAAAAUUAAAAAAGUUUCAUCGCAUCUAUUGUCGCUACGAACUAAUCAAGAAAGAGUAUUAUAUGCCUAUAGUAUUCUGAAAGAACUUUCAUUGCUCCCUAAAGUUCUUAUUAAUGUCAAAGAUGACCAAGUAUCAGCAUACUAUCGUUGCCAAGGCAACAACUAUUUCAAACACAGAAAUUUUUAUCAAGCAUGGCAAGCUUAUAAUCUUUCUUUGCUGUAUGCUGUUACCACAUCAGAAAACUUCAUUUAUGCUAUUUCUAAUAGAUCAGCAGUAUUUUUUGGUAUGCAAAGGUAUAAGGAAUGCUUAGAAGAUAUUAAGUAUGUAUUCAGUAAACAUUAUCCAGAAAAGCUAAAAAAUAAACUUCUGGAAAGGGAAAAACAAUGUUUAUCUAAGUUAGAUGCAGAAUUGUCUAAAAAGAAAAAGGAAGAUAUGAUUGAUGCUAAAAUUGCAGACAUACUUAAAUUGAAACACACACAAGAUAAGAAAUAUCUGAGUGCAAGCUCUAAGCUGAAAGUGGUUCAUAAUGAGGAAAUGGGUCGACAUGUAGUUGCUAAUGAGGAUAUUGCAGUUGGCGAAAUACUAGUUGUAGAACAUGCAUAUUUAACAGCAUUGCUACCACCUCAGUUCUUAUUCUCCUGUGCUUAUUGUCUUUGUAGAAAUAUGAAUCUCUAUCCAUGUAUGAACUGUACUUACACUCUAUAUUGCUCAAUAGAAUGCCAGAAGUCUGCUAAUAAAGAUUAUCACACAGUAGAAUGUCCUUUACUACCAUCUUUAUUAGAAAUGGGAUUUUCAAAAUUGGAAUGGUUAGCUUUGAGGACUUUGUUAAGAUCAAGAACUGAUGAAGAAAGUUGGGACACAUUGUUUAAAACUGUAGCAGAAGCAGAAUCAAGAAUCCGUACUGAUUUGUGGGGCUGUGUUAAACUAGGUGAUAAAUGGGUCUAUGACUCAAAGUUUUAUACUCCUAUCCAUACAUUGGCCUCAAAUGUAGACAAAAGAUCACUCUCUGAUAUUUUUAGAAAGAGUAUAUCUGCAGCUGCUUUUGCUCAUUUUUUGUCUGUGCUGGAUUUUCAUAAGAGUGAUGAUAAGGAGACUGCAGUUAGAGCUAAGAAAUAUGUAAAUGGAACACUAUUACUUCACAUUAUGACUGGCCCAACAAACAUGCAUAGUAUCAGUACAACCAUAGCAAAUGAUGAGGGCAAAUAUGUGGAAGAGUAUCAAUAUGCCAGUGGUGCUUAUGCAUUUUUAAGUUUAUUAAACCAUUCCUGCUCCCCAAAUGUUGUACGAUACAGCAAGCUGGGCACAUCCCUGAUGACUUUAAUAGCUAUUAGGCCAAUCAAAAAGGGAAUGCAGAUUUUAGAUAAUUAUGGAUAUCAUCAUGCCGUGCAAGACCGUGAGACGCGCCAGUCAGGCCUGAAGUUCCAAUAUAAAUUUGUGUGUGCAUGUGAAGCUUGUGUGGAUGAUUGGCCAAUGCAUGCACACAUAACAGAAACUGGUGGGCUUCCAGAAGCUAUUUUAAUAAAGAAAGACGAAUGCUUGGCCCCUAAAGUUAUUGAACGUCUAAUGAAAGCAGACAAGGAAACCGCAAUAAAAUUUUACAAACCAUUGUGUGAGCUCAUUGAGUUUCUAGAACCUUUUGCACCUUGCAAGGAAUUAGCCGAGUGUCAGGAGGCUUUAAAACAGUGUCUGGCUAUAUUCUGUGGCGUAAUACCAUAUGAAUAUGGACAAAUUAUAGACUGGAAGGCUGUCCCUCCCUGUUCAUCAAGAGGAGAACCUCCGCAUUUGGCCAGUUACAUAUCUGGUCCACAAAUUGAUGUGCCUUGA